UUAUCCAAACAACAACAGAAAACAGUAAGUGUGGGUGAAGAUGUGGAGAAAUUGGAACUCUAGUGCACUGGUGGAGGGAAUGUUCAAUGAUGUCGCCACUGUUGAAAAUAGUAUCAUGGUUCCUCAAAAACUUAAACAGAUUUACCAUGUGAUCCAGCAAACCUACACCUGGGUAUAUACCCAAAGGAAUUGAAAGCACAAUCUCGAAGAGGUGUUUGUUCACCCACAUUCAUAGCAGUGUUACUCACAAUGGCCGAAAGGUGGAAGGAACCCAAGUGUUCACCAGUGAUGAAUCGAUAUACCGAAUGUGGUCUAUCCAUACAGUGGACUGUUAUUCAGCCUAAAAAAUGAAUAUUCUGUCACAUGCUACCACAUGGAAGAAACUGGAAGACAUUGUGCUGAGUGAAUCAGCCAGUCACAAAAGAUUGCAGAUCAAGCCCAAGAUGAAAGAGGGGCCUCAGCCUGUUGUGCCUUUCCUGCCAAAGGCAAGUUUACGUGGCCCUGUGGCCCUUUGUGCAGGGAGGCUGCCGCCUGGCUCUAAACGCUGCAGCAGCGUCAGGGUAAGAGCCGUGGCCCAGGGAUCCACCACGCUCCUGGUGAGCUACAACAAUGGCCACGACCACCUGGGCGUCAGGGUCACCAUUGCUGCCCACCUGCCCCUUAAGCACGACCCUCCUGUGCCCCGUCAGCCUCAACAGACCUCAUCCUGGUGGAGGACGUGAGAGUGACUCUGGAAGAGUCUACAACCACACCUACAACAACUCGGGCAUCCAGGCGGAGCGCUGCACAUCAGAGAAGGCUCAGGAUGCUCGUCGUCCUCAGCACGAGCACUGCAGACGUCAUCAAGGUGGCCUACCAGGAGGCCAGGGGAGUCACCAUGAAAUGUUCCUGGGUGAGGAAUAUAUAGGACGGGAGAUGGACAUGUGGAGCCUGGGUGUUGUCCUCUAUACCAUGACAGCUGGGAGUCUUCCACUUGAUGGUGACAACUGGGAGAAACUUAAAAGUAACAUCACCCAUGGAAGAAUUGAAAACAUUUUUGAAGAAGUUCCUGACCACUGA